AUGCUUACACUCGACGAUGAAUCGCAACCUCCCUCUCAACCGGUUGUCUUCCCUUCGCUCCAACCUGCGGAUCUCGAACAGGUCGCCCAGACCAUACUCCAGCUUUUCAAUCCUCAGACAUCUGGUAAUCCAGAGCUAGCAAAACAGCUCCAGAGUGAGCUUCACCGGAUUCAGUCCACUCCAGAGGCAUGGGGUUUGAUCGCUGGUCUGGCGUCUCAUGAUGACCCUAAUGUCCGUUUCUUCUCGGCACAUACGGCCCAAGUGAAAAUAUCCAGAGAUUGGGAAAGUCUACCUGAACAACUUCACACCAGUCUUUUAUCUCUACUCCUAACCACUCUGUCUAAUGCUAUCUCGUCAGCCAACCCACAAUCGUAUCAACCAGCCAACGCCGUGGUAGUCCGUAAACUUUUCACAUGUCUCGCAUCUUUACUCUUACGUCUUCCCUUUCCUCAUUUCCCCCGACCCAUAACGACGGUUUUACAGACUAUCUCUUCCUCCGGGGAUGGUUCUGGCGCACAAGGCUCAACUGACGUGGGCAUGGGGGAUGUCGGAACUAGCUUGGGAGGGUAUCUGGUAGGACACAGAUUGAGAUUGUGGAGUUUGGAAUGGUGUGCUAUAUGUGUGGAGGAAAUGGGCCGGGCCGAGCUGAGUGAUGUGAAGAGGAACGCAGUCAGAAAACACAUCGAAGCGGAACUACCAGCAGUCAUGAGCACUUUAACCUCUGCCAUGUCUCCGCCCGAUCCCAUGGAGGGGUCUGAUCAAUUACGAGCCAAAUUGAAAGAAGCCGAAGCUGCUUGUCGAUGUGCGGAAGCUUGGGUGUUUUAUGGGCUUGGAGCAGACGAGCUGACUACCCUCUUGCCUCAUCUGUACGGUCUACUACCUAUGCCCGCUGCAUCGGCUACCCUAGUCGAGGUCCUCUCGGAGAGCAUCUUCAAAUAUGGAAAAGGAGCCAAAGUGUUAACGGAGCCUUUGCUCGCUUGGAUCAUUGGUCCCAGCGGACAAUCCGUUAUCGGGUCUGCAGAUGGAGAACCUUCAGAAGAAACAUUAGGAGUGGGAAAACUUAUCGCUGCUCUGAUAGAGCAUUCGUCCGACUGGCUCGUCUCACGUAUAGAACAUCCAGAUGUUCAGGCUCUUCUGGGAGUCGUCCUUCGUUUAACAGCUUGGAAAGGUACUGGGAACGUGGAUGAGCAUAUGAGCGAGUUGACUCUUCCUAUCUAUCCACUCAUACAAGAGGCGAUCAUGGAUUCCGAUGCCUUCUCUGCGCCUUACGAUAGUGCUCCCACAUGGGGAGUGGCGAGACAAUUCUUCAGAGAACUCGUGUCUACUAUCCGGACCAAAGUCCGAUGGCCUGGAAUGGGCGAGAGUACAGAUGGACUUGGCGGACUGGAUAAGGAUGAUCGUGAAGCUUUUGAUUCAUGGCGUCGCGAUGCGGGAGAGGUUGUCAUCUGCGCGUAUUACAUCCUGAGAGAAGAAAUGCUAUCGACGUUAGUUGAGCUGGCUCGAGUGCAAGUCGAGAGUACGGCUACAUGGCAGGACAUAGAAGCCACUUUACAUUGUAUACGAUAUUCUUCCGAAGCAGUCCCCCUGGGAGAGGCUCGGUAUCUACCAAUCGUAUUCAGCGACGCCAUUCUAGGACAACUGGCCAAUAGACCGAUGGUCGGUCGAGGUGAAGAACGAUUACGUCUUACAGUCGUUUGUCUGAUACAGGCAUACGAAGAAUGGUUUAAAUUCCACCCAGAUCAUCUCUUACCAAUCCUUUCAUAUCUCGUCCCUUCACUCACCUCCACUCGGAUAAUAUCCCGUUCUGCUGCAGACUCAUUGAAGACGGUGUGUGACAUAUGUCGCAAUAAGCUUGUACAGCACAUUGGUGCGUUUUCCGAGUUGCACGGCAAAUUGGGGGAGCUGGGUCCUGAAGAACAAAUAAAGGUCGUACAAGCUAUAACCAGUGUUAUUCAAGCUCUCGCACCUCCUGAUGCGGUUGGUCCAGUGGAGGGUAUUCUCACACCUAUCUGUGACCAAGUGGAAAAUGCUAUCCGAGCAUCACAGACCGAUGCUACCGCCGCUCAACCUCUGCUCGUACACGCCCUUCAUGCUUUGACAGCAUGUUUCAAGGGACUCACACCGAGUGAUGACGAUAUCUUCGAUUUGACAGAUGACGAUGAAUUGGAGCAAAAAGAAAUAGCUGUGAAGAGGUUAAGGAUGGAUCAACGUAUGUUUGGAUUACGACUACGUAUAGAACAAGUUGUGGAGGGUGCAGUUCAAGUAUGGAAUGGUGAUGGAGAAAUUGCCGAUGCACUCUCAUCUUUAGUGAAACAUUCCACAUUAUCAUCUUCCGAAACUUUGAUUUCUCUUUCACCAUUACCAUUGAUAACACUUGUCACCACCGCUUGUGAAAGAUCUCCAUCAGCGUUGUGGAUAUCUUUAGCGGGUACACUUGUAAUGAGGGUUAAUUCUCCUCCGUCGGCGUUGACGGUGAAGAAGGAUAAGACUGUGGAAGAGCAGGUGUUGUACGAGAUGGAAGAACAGGAAAGAUGGAAUGUUGUGGCUGGUGCAGCGACAAGGUUGUUGUCGGUCGCUAGUAACAUACAUAUGACAGAGUCUGAUCCACAGCACCCCGACGUAGCAGAAGCAUGGUACAAUUUCUCAUCCAACCUUUCUUCCCGUUUUCCCGGUAUACUCCUCCGUCUUCCAUCCACAAUAGUAGAAACUUACGUCUCUCUUGGAAUUAUGGGAUUAUCAGCUCAAGAACGUUUCUCCCUCAAAGCAUCUUGUGAUUUCUUAGUCGCUUUACUUUCAACUACACGUUUUCCUUCACCUCUCGAACCUAUAUCCGAUGCUUUAUUACAACAUUUUGGACCGCAGAUGUUACGUGCCAUCUUACUCAGUGCUGGGGCGGAAGGACCUAGAUCUGUCAUUCCGAAUUUAGCAGAGUUGUUGGCUACGUUCGUGACUAGGAUCAAAGGGGAGGCUUUGGGAGUGUGGUUGGAUCAAAUUUUGGGAGAGCCUGGAUUCCCCGAUGUUAGAGCUACGAAUGAAGCGAAGAUCAAGUUGAAACAGACGGUGUUAAGAUCACGCACGACGAAAAAGAUGAGAGAAGCAUUACAUGAAUUCGCAUUAGUGUCAAGAGGGUUGGACAAUACGACUUAUGGGAGUGCCACGGCGAUUUGA